AGGAACGGAAUGCCAAUCAUCAACGUUCACGGGAACAACUGCUGUACAUUGCCGCCAGCCACUAAUACUGUUUACGCUUACGACUGAACUAGCUACUCUUUGGCCGGAUUUAAAACCCAAACAGGGUUUCUGCUGCUGGUGCUUCGGAUGUCCAAGUACAAACUCUUUCUACUGAGGCAUGGGGAGGGGGCCUGGAACAAAGAGAACCGUUUCUGUAGCUGGGUUGACCAGAAGCUAAGCGAGGAUGGGGUGAAGGAGGCCCAGGACUGUGGUAGGCUCCUGAAGGAGCAGGGCUACAAGUUUGAUUUAGUAUUCACCUCCAUACUCAGCCGCUCCAUCCAGACAGCAUGGCUGGUGCUGGAGGCUAUGGGUCAGGAGUGGGUCCCCGUGGUCAAGUCCUGGAGACUGAACGAACGCCACUAUGGUUCCCUGAUUGGCCUUAACCGGGCAGAGAUGGCUCUACAACAUGGAGAAGAAAAGGUGAAGUUGUGGAGAAGGAGCUAUGAUGUCACUCCACCUAUGAUUGAUGAAUCCCACCCGUACUUCCUGGAAAUCUACAAUGACCGCAGAUACACCACUUGUGAUGUGCCAAAGGAGAACCUUCCCCGAGCAGAAAGCCUAAAGGAGGUGUUGGACAGACUGCUGCCAUACUGGGGGAGCACUGUGGUGCCAGAGAUAAGGAAAGGCAGGACUGUGCUGAUUAGUGCUCAUGGAAACAGCUGCAGGGCUCUGCUGAAAUACCUGGAAGGUAUAUCGGAUAAGGAUAUUGCCAGUGUGACUUUACCCACAGGGAUACCAGUGCUGCUUGAGCUGGAUGAAAACCUCAAGCCUGUGAAACCUCGACAGCUCUUGGGAGACCAGGCGAAGAUUCAGGCAGCAAUUAAAAAGGUGGAGGACCAGGGAAAAGCCAGACCAUCAACUUGAAUCCACUAAAAUGGCUGUAAGACUUAACAUAGCUCUGUUCUGGUUGCGUGCACAUACUUUUAUUAGGUACAUGUACAGUGAAAACUCUUGAGAAGACUUGAAAAGAAUAAUAUACUGUAUACCAUCAGACAAUAAUGAUAACAGAAAGUGUGUCACAGGUUAGACUGGUCUGACAGGAGCAGGAGGAAGUACUGUACUGAAAAUAUGUUGGCGCUAUAUGGUUGUAUUAUGUGUAAGCACUGAUAUUUAAGCUAACUGUCCCUACUUAUGCCUGUAGGGUGACCCUAAAGUGGUUAUUUAUUCACUAAUUGACUCUACCUUGCAGAUUAAUAGUAAUGUGGUGAAGCUGAAAAAUCUUGAAGUACAUCAUAUCUAGACAGAAGGAAAAGAUGCUUUUCUGUUACAUUGAUAAACUUUAGGCAUAUUACCUUGCAUCUAAACAUGUGCCUUCAUUAUUAACGUAGUGCUCAAAUUCUGCUACAGGUCUUGUGUUGAUUUUAUUUAAGAAUAAAAGCACUCCGUUAACAAAUCUUACCUCAUAAAAACUGAUAGCUAUAGGCUGUUCAUUCCAAUAAUUGGAUAAUUGUGAGCCACAGAAAUGCUGUAAAUAUGCAAAACCACUGAAAGACUCUACUGUCCCACGCAUAUGAGUUACUCAUACUUAUUGCCUACUCAGUAAGAGUAAGCAAGACAGCUGAAGUUUUUUUAUGAGGUUAAACAGCACAUUUACUCUGACAAAUAGUUUGAGUUGAAAACACUGUGGCUAUUUGGUAUUAUAACUGGUUUAUGCUUUGCACUUUUUGGGGGAUUUUAUGAGGAUUCUUUUUAAUUAACCCCCUUUCUAAUUAAAUGCAACAACUGUGAGUGGUAAUUGAACUUGGUUAAAUAUGUUAAAAGUUGUUAAAAACAAGCACUAUUUUUUUUCAUUUUAAAUUCUAAAUUAUCAUACGUGCUUGAACUUUCAUGUCGCUUAUGUAAUGUUAAUAACGUGUAAAAAUGUUACAAACCACUCUUGAGUCUGCACAUUAUGUCUUAGCACUAGCCCGCACUAUCUUACUUCAUAUGUGUUACUACUGUGUGUGGCACAGGCUACUUCAUUGUACUGUAUGUUGUAUUGUGUCUCUUGUUUGUAGGUGUACUGUACUGUGCAUCAUAUUUGUCUCAUGUUUCUCUGCCACUAUUAUUUUGUACGCUGGUCUGUUAGGUCAACAGGGGGGAAAGAGAUAAGAACAUGCAUUUGAAGAUACUAAAGAGGAGAAAUCUGAUAUAUUUGUAAUUUUAUGUAAGUGAUUUAACGUCUUCCCUGCUGUUCACACCUUUACAUAUGAUAGUCUACAUGAUGAAAUAAAAGGGAAUUACAAUUUU